AUUAAAAACAGUCCAAUCGCCACUUUUUAUCCAUUUUUCCUCCUUUUCUUGCAAAACCCUGUUAAUAAUCUGCUUCUUUCUCCUCUUUACUUGGAUUAAAAAUUCACAACCAGUAACCGGCUUCACAUUCUUUCUGUCCUGUCCAAAAUGGCCAUCACCUUAUCUAUAUCAGCUGGAAAUUGUGGCAAAGAGAGGCCAUGCAUUGAACUUGGUUCAAAUGCUUCCAUUGUCAAGGAUGUUUUUGGUGAAAAUUUGAUUAGAAGUUGUAAAUUUAGAAGGGGAAAUGGAUAUAGGUGUAAAGGGGUUCGUGUCAUUGCAAGAACUAAGAAAUGGAAGAAGCAUGAAUACCCCUGGCCUGAUAAUAUUGAUCCAAAUAUUACUAGUGGGCACUUGAGUUACUUGUCUCAUUUCAAGCCUUUAACUGAGAAACCAAAGCCAGUGACACUUCCUUUCGAGAAGCCAUUGAUUGAUCUUGAAAAGAGAAUUAUUGAGGUACGUAGAAUGGCUGAUGAAACUGGCCUGGAUUUCAGUGAUCAAAUUUUGGCUUUAGAAAACAAGUAUCAGCAGGCACUGAAAGAUUUAUACACGCAUUUGACACCCAUUCAGCGCCUGUCUAUUGCUAGGCAUCCCAACAGACCAACAGUUCUUGAUAAUAUUUUCAAUAUCACUGAGAAGUGGGUGGAACUCCAUGGAGAUCGUGCAGGUUAUGAUGAUCCAGCUAUUGUGACUGGUAUUGGAACCAUUGAUGGUAAAAGCUACAUGUUCAUAGGCCAUCAAAAAGGUAGGAACACAAAGGAGAAUAUCGCUCGCAACUUUGCAAUGCCAACUCCUCAUGGCUAUCGGAAGGCCUUGCGCAUGAUGAAAUAUGCUGAUCACCAUGGUUUCCCCAUAAUCACUUUUGUUGACACUCCUGGGGCCUUUGCUGAUCUCAAAUCUGAGGAACUUGGUCAGGGUGAAGCAAUAGCCCAUAAUCUGAGGACUAUGUUUGGCCUGAAAGUGCCUAUUGUAUCAAUUAUAACUGGUGAAGGUGGUUCUGGUGGAGCUCUUGCAAUUGCUUGUUGCAAUAAAAUGCUUAUGCUCGAGAACUCUGCUUUCUAUGUUGCAAGUCCUGAAGCAUGUGCUGCCAUAUUGUGGAAGUCUUCUCAAGCAGCUCCUAAGGCAGCUGAGAAACUGAGGAUUACAGCUCAAGAACAUUACAAGCUGAAAAUUGCUGAUGGCAUAAUUCCUGAGCCUCUUGGGGGUGCCCAUGUGGAUCCUGCAUGGACUUCCCAACAAAUUAAGCUUGCAAUCAUCCAAACCAUGGAGGAACUAACAAAGAUGGAUAACGAAGAGUUGCUCCACCACCGGAAGCUCAAGUAUCGGUAUAUUGGAGGUUUCCAAGAAGGUGUGCCGGUGGAACCAGAGAGAAAGCGCAACAUGAAACUAUCCGAGGUUAACAAGCCAAUGACAGAUGAUAUCGAGCUAGAGCUUGAAAACUUGAAGAAGAAGAUUCUCGAAUCCAAUAGUGCAACGGAUCCAAUUUCAAGCCAAGCAAUUGAGAAGCUCAAGCAAGACCUGGACCAGGAGAUUACCAAUGCUUUUAUUUCAAUGGGCUUACAAGAGAAGCUCGAAUCAGUCAAAUUAGAGUUAUCUACAGCCUCUAACGACCACCCUAAUCGCCACUUGAAGGAGAAGGUCGACCAAAUCAUGCAAGAAUUCCAGCAUAAUUUGGCGCGACCGGGAGCCUAUCUUGGGUUGAAGCAGAAGCUUGAAAAGUUAAACAUGGUUGGGAAGCUCAUUGAGCUAAAAGAGAAAAGUGAGAAACUGAAAGCAGAGAUAAACCAAAAGGUCCCAGAUGAGUUAAAAGCAAAGAUGAAACUUUUGAAGGAUGCUCGAGAAAAGUUGUCAAAAGGCGAAGCAACAGACAAAGACGUGGUGGAACAAACAGAGAGGGCUAAGCAAGAGCUGAUUGAGUUUCUGAAGUCAGUUGGGUUGGAGAUUGUAGGGGUAACUAAAAGAAAUGUAGCACCUCCACCUCCUUCAUUGCAAGAGAAAAUAACAAAGGUGAAUAAAGAGAUAGCUGAAGAAAUUGAAAGAGUGAUAAAUGUUGCAGGUCUUGGUGACAAAGUUGAGGAACUGAAAUCAGAAAUAGCAAGAGGGUCGAGUUCCGAAAAAGUAGAAAAAAUGCAAGCAGAGAUCAAGAAGGAAAUCCUUGCUGCUUUGGAAGCCAUGGCAUGCAAAGAAAAGUUAGAGAACCUGAGAGUGGAGCUGGCAUCCACCUCAGGAAAAGCUGAAGACAAAGUGGCCGAAAACGGCAGAUUGUGAAAUACAUCUUACUUUAUACAUCAGUUGGUAUAAUAGUUUUGGAUCCUGCAUCUAGAGACAUAAAGGUGUAUUCGAGCAACUACUUUCAGCAUUUUCCCUUUUCUUUCCUGGGCUGCCCGGCAUCAGUUGAACUCCAUGAUGGGACUAGAUGUGAAUUCUCUGCAUUGCGUUCCUCUAAUCCUAGUGAAUGAUUUUAUCCUGUUAUGUUUGA